AUGUAUUUUCUUAUAUGCAUUCUCAUCAUUCUUCAACUCAAUUCAUAUAUUGUUCUGAGUCAACGUGAAUUUGUCAAUCCAGCCGUUACUGAUCCUGCACCAUGCUCAUGCGAUGUUCGAAUAAAUGUUUGCGAUCCAAAUUGUUGCUGUGAUUCUGAUUGCAAAGACUCCGAUUUGAGUGUAUCACCAAUAUGUAAAUCAGUACGAACUGAUGCUUCAUAUACUUCUGCAAGGGAACUAAGUUUUCAAACGUGGAAAUGUUCUAAUAGUACAUCUGCAGCUUUAUAUGAUUAUUUUCCAUUUGUUUGUGUACAAUUUGAACUUAAUGAAAAUCUUGGACUAUACCGUCGAACAAGCAAUGUGACAUUUUUAACAAAAUCUGACGAUGCAACAAAUCUACGCACAACAUUUGUUGAUGAAUACUCAGAUUUAUUUCAACCAACAACAUUAACAACGACUUCUAGUACAAUAAACUAUUCCAUAGGUGUUCCUGUUAGACAAAGAAAUAAUUUAUUUACAUUACCCGGAAAUUUAGCUGGUAUGACUUGUCAAGAUAAUGUAAAUGUUUUAUUUGGAAUUAAUCGUGAUGUUUCAUGUCCAUCGAGUACAAUAUCUAAUCUUUGUAGUGUUAUCAAUUCUACAAGAUCAUUUUUGAAAGGUGGUGAUUCAAGUUCGCUUGUAGAUGUCAUUUUUUUUACAAAAACAUAUUCACCACCUAACACAAAUACAAGGGAUUCCACAACGGAAUAUUAUUUUCAGAGUUCAAAUUCUCCAAAUAUUAAUAAUAUACCAUAUAUUAAUAUUUCUAUUGAUGAUUACUGUCCUGGUAAACAUCCAAUUACCCGAACUCAACGUUAUCGUUCUGUUUGUAAUGUACCUGACACUUUCGUAUGCAGUAAUCAGUAUCAAACAUGGAAUGGGUGUCCAUCGAGAGAUAGUUUAACAUAUAGUACAAUUGAUGAUAGUUUUUUCAUUGCUGCAAAUGCAUCAAUAGAUGAUUCAACAAAUUUUGCUGAUUUUAAUAAUGCAAUCAAUGAAACAUCAAUAACUUGUUCAGGAAAUCCUAUGCGAGUAUUUUAUCGUUUUAAUUAUUCAUCGACUGAUCAUACUAUAUCAACUGUGGAAGUUUUCGUUCUAUAUGCAACUGCAAGUUCAUCAAAUCCACGAAUUACAAUUGAAUGGAAUGAUAUUGCAAAUGAUCCUGCAUUAUCUACAACUAUUCCUCGUGGUUAUCUUGAUGGAGAAGUUCUGCAAUUUCGACGUAAUAACAUUCCUUCAGAUGUAUCAACACUAGUUCCAUCUUCUAAUGGUUUAUGUAUUGAUGCUACACGACAAAGUGUUCGUUAUAAAAGAGGUACAUCAUCAUAUUGUUUUAUUCAAUUACGAAGAGCUACUAUACAACAAUGUCACGAUCUCAGACUUAAUAUGUAUCUCUAUUUAAAUACAUUUUAUGCUCCAGCAUCGCAUGUUCUUGCAUAUCCAAGUGCAAAAGCAACACAAAUUCAAAUACGAGACGAUAAUCAAGAUAAAAUUGAUCUUGAUCGAAUCGAUCAAACACGCCCCAAUAAUCGAUUAAAUGCAAGUGAUAUUAUUGGAACAAGUGUUAAUACAAAUGUCUAUACGAUUUAUGAUGCUACAGAAACUCUUUCGUUCUGUUAUGAUGUUCCAUCUGGUAUUUAUAUAGAAUUUGGUUUUGUUCGUGUACAAAUCAGUCCAACAGUUUCAUUCGAACGAAUUGUUUCUGUUCAAUAUAAUUAUACUUAUUCAAAUUGGCAAUUUGAUUGUACCAAAGAUACUUGUGAUAGUACAUCAACACGACAAUAUCUUGUCAACCUUCAAUCAGCAUUUUUUGAUUUUACAAGUUCGGCACUUAAUUUAACUAGUAUAACAAAAGCUGAUAUAACUUCAGCUGAUAAUUAUAUUGAGCAUUUACUUUGGCUUAUUACACCUGAAUAUCACGGUGAACCACCUUAUCGAAAUUACACAAUUGCAAUGAUUCUUAUUUUUAUUGCAAUUAGUGUUGUCGUUAUGCAUGUUCUACUAUUUGGAAUAAUGUUUCCAUUUUAA